CACAUAUCAAGCUGGUAUAAGCCCACCAGGCGGCUUCUGGAGCGACAAUAAUGGCCACUGAGCAGGUGAUCCAGUGUUCCGUGAUGAGUUCCCACGCCGCUACAGAGUUUUCUUCUACUUCAAUGCAACAGCUUUCGUGUCGUCCUUGGUUGUGAUUAUGCUGCUUGUUAGUAAAAGGCUAUGUAGCAAGGGUCUUGAGGGCUAUGCACUUCACGCUUGUGUUUUGAUUGAUCUGAUCAGCCUCAUGGGUGCUUUUGCUGCCGGAAGCUGCAGGAAAGUUUCGACAUCUGUGUACGUCAUCCUUGUCGUUGUUGCAGUGUCUGUUUAUGUCAUGAUUCUGGUUGUGGUUUUGACAUUUGCAAAAGACAAGGUGAACAAUAUCCUGGAAAAGAUGUACACCUUUGGGCUUUCCGAGCGCCAACAUCCAUCCAUGAAUCACAAAAGAAGCAUCCAAUUUAAAAAGAGAACUGAGCAAAAAAGGCGCAAAGAUUUGAUGCUGAUCGGGACUCUUGCAGUCACUGUCACAUACCAAGCUGGGCUGCUCCCACCAGGCGGAUUUUGGCCUGAUGACCAGGUAGGCCGCCAUUUUGCUGGUGACCCAAUCCUUCAUGAUACCCAUCCAACACGGUUUAAAGUAUUCUUCUAUUGUAAUGCGACGGCAUUCAUGGCAUCUAUGGUCAUGGUCAUCCUACUGUUGAACAACACAAUAAGCAAGUACAAGAGAUCUCUUCUUGCUAUGAAGACAGCAAUGGUAUUGGACUUGCUUGGUCUGCUUGGAGCAUAUGCUGCAGGCAGCUGCAGAAAGUUAAAGACAUCUGCAUACAUUUUUACACUCUUCAUUGCCAUGUUCAUUUACAUUGUAAUACAUGUGUUGCUGUCAUUUGAUGAGGUGGCUUUGUUAGUUAGAAAGAAGGGAGAGAGUGGAUGCCUUGCCUGAAAAAUAUGUGGGCACUUAUUGAAACUGAUCCUUCAAACCUUCACCCAUCUGCUGGGCGACUGGGAGAGGCACCUCCAGCUGUGUAGUUGUACUCUUGAUGUAGCAUUUAUUAAAUUGAUGUGCCUGAUAUAUACAAAUUAAAAAGUUUGGAUCUCUGUUUUUUCAAUUUUUAUAGAGUCGUGGUGCAGCA